AUGUCAGAGUCACGCCUUUUCCAGCCCAUGCAAAUUGGCAACAUCAAAGUCCAACAUCGCAUUGGCAUGGCUCCUCUUACGCGACUCCGGGCAAGCCCUGAUCGUAUCCCCAACGCCCUUAUGAAGGAAUACUACAGUCAACGCGCUUCCAUCCCCGGGACUUUCAUUAUCACUGAGGGAACGCUUGUUUCUCCUGCUGCCGGUGGAGGGUUCGCUAGGACGCCUGGAAUCUGGAGCCAGGAACAGGUUGUUGCCUGGAAAGAGAUUACUGAUGAAGUCCACCGCAAUGGCAGUUUCAUCUUUCUUCAACUGUUCGCAAUGGGUCGCGCUGCAACUGUUGAAGUUGCGAAAGAUGAAGGAAUCGACAUUAUUGGCCCUAGUGCAAUCCCCAUCGAAGGUAGUCCCGCUCAGCCCCGAGAGAUGACUCUGGAAGAGAUUCAUGAAAUGGCCCAGGCAUUUGUGACUGCCUCCGAAAAUGGGAUCGAAGCCGGGUUCGACGGUGUUGAGAUACACGGAGCCAACGGCUAUCUUCUUGAUCAAUUCCUUCAAGAUGUCAGCAACCAGCGCGACGAUGAUUACGGCGGUAGCAUUGAAAACAGGUCCCGCCUCAUCACUGAGAUCUUGGAGCGUGUUGUCCAAGCUAUCGGCUCACAGCGCGUCGGCAUUCGUCUCAGCCCGUGGAGCACCUUCCAAAGCAUGCGCAUGAAAGACCCGAUUCCUCAGUUCACAGACAUUAUCAACAAGGCCAGCCGUCUGAGCUUGGCUUAUAUACACUUGAUCGAGUCGCGCAUCUCCGGCAGUCAAGACUGUCAAAACAAUAGCAGUGAGACACUUGACUUUGCCUAUGAUCUCUGGAAAGGCCCAUUUCUCGUUGCUGGCGGGUAUAAACUGAAGGAGGCGGAACGGCUUGUUGACAAGGAACAUCCUGAUAAGGAGAUCAUGGUUAUGUUUGGGAGAAAUUUCCUGGCGAAUCCGGACUUGGUGUAUAGAAUCAAAGAAGGCUUGGAGCUUAACCCAUAUGAAAGGAAGACGUUCUAUACCAGCGAUGUCGAGGGUUAUGUGGAUUAUCCAUUUGCCGUAAGGAAGGAUGCAGCAGCUUCGAACUGA